CCCCCCCCCCCCCUUCUGCUCCGCGGUGGCUGUGGAUGUUUGCAUAUUUAAUUUUUUCUCUCUUCAUUUAAAUAAAGUGCUAUUCUAGUAAGAGCACUUAUCUUUUCAGCUUCACAACAAGUCUUGAUCAAACUUGAAUUGACUGUCGAGUGCUACACCAAGUACAUUUCCUUCAUUUUACUUUUUAUCAAACAGUUGACAACUUUUCAUCAUUCUCUUCAUGUUCAUCAUUUAUGGUCCUAAACAACUAAUAAAUUGCAAUUUUUUCUUCAUUUAGAAGCAUACAGUUAUUUUAAAAUCAUUUGUUUCUGCUACAGUACUGUUUUUAGGUCGUUCGUUAGUUGUUGUUGGAACCCAAUUUGCCUUUACGGAUAUUCACUGAGAAAGUGGAUAUUCAAUAUCAUGGCCGUAGGCAGAUUCAGAGGCUAGAAUUGAAAUAAUUAGAAUGAGUGCUCUUUAAAGGCUGUGGGUAUCUAGAAGUACAGGACAUGAAGGUUUCUGGGUCAACGAUAUAAUUAUUUGGAUCCAAAGCUUGAAAUAAGUGUAACCUUAGAACUUUGAAAAUAAAUUGAAUUUUUCCUUUUUGAUUCUGUGAUUACGUAAAUGAAAUUCAGAGGCGGAUCACUGAAUUGAAAUUCAAGUAAAUUGGAAGACUUCUGCCAUCAUUCAUUUAUUAGCUCUAUACGGUAUAGAAGCUCAUGGUAUUUGCAGGUCAAAAACAGGACAAGCUGAUGAUUUUUGAUGAACUAUAGAUAUGUUGAACUGCCCCUGUGAAUGAAGGUUGGAGGCUGAAUCUGAACUUCUAUAAGAGGAGCAUUAAAAUAUUGAUUGAAGAUGAAUUUCUAACUGUUUAUGUUUUUUGACAGAAGGUUGGGCCUAAAGCUUCCAGACCCUCUUUUCCACUGUGCCCUAUCAUCUUGGGAAAGACAAUGUUUACAAGCUGAGAGCUUGCCUGGCAACAAACCAAGCCCACUAAUUGUCCCUAGUUCUAAUUGGAUGCCUUGUCAUUUUUCUGCUUUCAAUGGACUGCUUUCUAGCAACCACGUUGUUUGGUUUUGUCACAAGCCCUGUUACAAAGCGGUUUUGCUACUGUUGCCAUUCAAUUAUACAAUCGAUUUGGUUGUAAAGGACACACGAACACACAGGGGAUUUAAAUAUCAGCCCUUCAUUUUAUAGAAAAUGUGAGACAUUAUAUUUCACAAUUUCACAAGAGCAAAAAUAACUUGUUUCAUUGCAAAGGCGUCGAUUUUCACAUAGUUCAUUAUAGAGCCUCGCCCAGGUUGAUUGGACGCGAAAUGCCCUUGGCAAAAAAGUUUCUAUUUGGUUCCUUUAAAGCAAAUUUUCCCUAGAAACCUCUUCCUUUGAUGUGAUCUCGGUACAUGCGCUUGGGAGCGAAUACCAAACCCGUGACCAUUCCCAGGUGAGCUGCCCACUGUUCCUCCAAAUUUGAUAUAAAACAAAGUGGAAGUGGAAAAAAACCAAUGUUGACAGAAUCUACGUUCAGAAACCGUCAUAUCUUCAACAAACAAGGUAAGGCAUCUCUUAAUUGCUUUUUUCUCUCACAUUCGAAUAUAUGGCAUACACUACUGCAAGAAUUUUGAAAAAAUGUACAGCAGGGACAUUGCAGAUAGAGUUUUGCGUUUAUUCGGAUAAAUUAUUGAUAUUCUCUAAGAGUUUAUGUUUAUGAGGACAACGUGUUUCAAAUGUGUUUUACUUAGUCACAGAUAAUUUUGGUGGGAAACUUUUAAAUUUUAGAUGUAAGCACAGAUUUUUCUUAAACAUGCCUUAUUGCUGGACAUGCAGCUAUUUCUGGCCAUCCUAAAAGCUUAAUCCAAUGAUACACGAUUUAAUCUAUGGCAAAUGAAUAUAAAAAAUUUAGAGUCUUGAAUUAAAGGUUUUUAUGUUUAUUCAAAGCAGCUUGUGUCUACAGCAGGCAAGACCGCUGGAUUGUUCUUUCUAUCGAAGAGGAUUCAUUGUACCAUAUAACUCUCAUAUUUACAUGCACUUAAUGCUUAAGACUGAAUGCAUUAUAAUACCUGAGAAGAACUGAAAUAGCAAUUAAGCAAAGUUUAUCAUAUCCAAAUACUUUACGCAUUUUUAUCAUAAUUUUAUUUGCUCAAAAUUUCCUCAUAAUUGACUUUCUAUUUUUCAGGAAUCUUGCGCUCCUAAAAUGAAACUCCUCGUUUUCAUCUUACUUGGUAUUGGCCUUUUUGUCAGAGCUGAUGAUGACGAGAAGCAAGUAAGUGCCGACUACGAGGCAGAGGAGGACAAAGAAUACGACACAGAAUGGGGCGCCCAGGAUGAAAGUGACGAGGAAGAAUCAGAUCCUGACGCAACAGAAAAAGAGCAAGAGCCUGCGCAGAGACGCUGUCCGCGUUACCAAAUGCGAGUUUGCAAUCCAUGGUCAAGACGAUGCUUCUGCAAAUGUCGAUUUGGGGUAACAAAACACUGCUCUAGGAAUAUAUGCCGAACAAUUUGCAAAUGUCCGCCAGCUAGAAAAGCAAUUUGCAAACUUCGUAAAUCUUGUUGCGAAGGAAAAUGUAUCAAGAAGUAUGAAUGUCGUUGUGAGUGCAGAUACGGUAGUGUGGUCCACUGUUACUUGCUCAGAAAGGGAAGCAAAAAGAGUCUUAAGAAGUGUAUCAGAUUUUGCAGGCGACCUAGAUUCCCUUAAUCCUUUUCAGAUGAGAUAUUUGAGGUGAGAUCAAGUCAAUCGCACAUCUUCCAGUUUGCUUUUCAAUUUUGAAGAAUGACGUCAUUGUUGGUCAUCGGUUGAACAAAACUAGUGUACCGCAAACCUUAUAUAUAAAUGUAUUU